AUGGACAGUCAUAUUAACCCUACCCACCCUCUAGAACCAACAACAACAUCAGAAACAACUGCAUCACAAACACAAACUACAACUACUACAACAACAACAACAAAUACAAACAAGACAACAACAAUGAGAAUAGAUGAAGAAGAUAGUCUACCAAACAAAUUUACUCCUUUAUCAAUCGAUAUUAAUGAAACAAAUCAUCGUUGGAAAAUAAAGACAUUUAAUUCAAUUGAUUGUAAAUACAUUGCACAUGAACAAUGUCGUCAAAGAUCACCGCCCAUGUGUCGUGUCCCAUUUAAUCACAAGUCACCGUCUACAUCACCCGUUCCCUCCUCCUCCUCUGGUACCAAGGCAGAGGAAGAUGACACACAGUUUAUUCAUAAUCAUCAUUGGGUAGAAGGAAAUUUAAAGAGUGUAAAGAGUUGUAUUGUUUGUACACACAAGAUUGAAACAAGUUUCUCAUUGGCAAAUUAUCGAUGUACAUGGUGUAGUGAAUGUAUUCAUAGUCAAUGUUUUGAUAAACGUCCUUUAAAAUGUACAAUGGGAGAGUUACAUGAAAUGAUCAUCCCUCCAUCAAGUAUUCAAAUGAUUGAUGGUGAUGGUAUAUCAUUACUUGAUUCACCUAUAUUAUCACCAAAUCCAAUAGGUGCAUCGGAAGAUAAGAAAAAGAAUAGUACAUUGCAAUGGAAAUUGGUAUCACCAAUCCCAACCAAAACAUUAUUUAUAUUUAUUAAUUCAAAGAGUGGAGGACAGAUGGGUGAGACAUUUAUCCGAAAGUUCUCGGCGAUUGUCAACCCGUUCCAAAUAUUCGAUCUUAUUAGAGACGGACCUGACCAAGCCAUCACCAUCAUUAGAGACUAUCUAUUGGAGCAUCCACAGGACCAAAAUCGCAUUAGACUGUUGGUUUGUGGUGGUGAUGGUACUGUUGGUUGGGUGCUACAAGUACUCAAGAAAUAUAAUCUACCUCCUCUUCCCAUCUCUAUCAUUCCACUUGGUACUGGUAAUGAUAUGGCUAGAUCAUUGGGUUGGGGUCCAGGUUACGACAAUGAAAAAUUAACUGGUAUCUUGAAAGAUAUUUCUGAUGCUCAUUUAACAAAUUUAGAUACAUGGGAAAUAAAUAUUAAACAUGAUUUGGAAAGAGAUCAAGAACAAGACAAGAUGAUAGUAAUGAAUAAUUAUUUUAGUAUUGGAUUGGAUGCACAUAUUGCAUUGGGAUUCCAUGAAGCUAGAAAUGCUAAUCCAAAACUAUUUAUUGGUAGAACCAUCAACAAGAUGUGGUAUGGAAAGAUUGGAUUGGGUGAAUUUGUAAGCAAGAGCUUUGUGAGACUACACGACGUGUUGGAGUUGGUGGUCGAUGAAAGGGUAAUCGAUAUCGAUCCGGCAAUCGAAGGUAUCAUGAUUAUCAAUGUAAAUAACUAUGCUGGCGGUGCAGACUUGUGGAAAGGAAAGCGUCCAAACCACUUGCAACCACUCGAAAUUGAUGAUGGCAAAAUUGAAUUGGUCGGUGUCACUGGUGUCGCCCACAUGGGUACUGUGAUUAGUGGUAUGGCCAGUCCUAUUAAAAUAGCCCAAGGUCACUCGAUAUCCAUCCGAUACAAGGCACCUGCCAACCCAAAAAAGAUUAAACACACCAGAAUAGCCGUCCAAGUCGAUGGUGAACCAUUCAAAGUACACGAUUGCUCCAUCUCUAUCACCUUUCAAAGAAAGGUUAGUAUGUUGGUUAAAAAAGGUUUCCAUACCAAAUCCCACCACGAUAAUGAAAACGUCGAUAAUAAUUUAUACUAUGGUGAAUCAAUCAAUAAUCAACAAUCAUUUGUCAUUGCAACUUCACCUUCAAACAAUGGACAACAAUUCUCACCUUUACCAAUGAAUGAACGUCCACCUCGUCCCAAUACUCAUAAUGGUCAUGGUGAUUUAGUUGAAUUGGAUUUAAUGAUUCCAUCUAAACAACAACUACAAAAUAAUAAUGAAACUUUAGAUUAA